AUGACCUCUUGCCAGCAAAAGGCUAUGGAGACGCUGCUUCACGGCCAUGGGUGUGCCAACCAGCUCAAGCUCAUCAUGGACCACCACGCCAAGUCAGACUCGUCCAUUGAAAGGGAGGAUCUGGCCAAGUCCGUCCUCCAUUGUUUCUCGGAUGCUCUAGCCAUCCUGAUCGAUACUAACGAUCAUCAUCAUCAAGAUGACCAAUCCAAUAACUCAUCUCCUCAGGAUGCAUCUCCUGUUCUUGAGAACAGCAGGAAACCAUUUCACAAGAGGGGAAGAAAGACAUCAGUGGCAGAGAGCUCAGACUACCGUAGACACGAAUCCCCGAACCCGAUCUACCAUGAUGGCUUUCUCUGGAGAAAAUACGGACAAAAGCAGAUCAAAGAAUCAAAUCACCAAAGGAGCUACUACAAGUGUGCGUACACAAAAGACCAGAAUUGUGAAGCAAAGAAGCAGGUUCAGAUGAUCCAACACAGUCCUCCGUUAUACUCAACCACUUACUUCGGCCACCACACAUGCCAACUUCACCAAGCCUAUGCAACUUUCCCUAUUGACACCUCUGAUCCCCAGGAUUCCCACAUGAUCCGAUUUGAUCACCCAGACUCCUCCAUCCAUCAACAUCAGAACCAAAGUCAGAAUCUAAAAGAUGAAAACAUGAUGAUGAUGUUACCUGAUAAAGCAGAAGAGUGGUCGUCUCCAUCUCAGUGGAUGUCCUCGGAGGUUGCCCACGCAGUGGAGGCUUUCGGGUUUAACCCUUUUCGCACAUCAAGUGACUUAUCAUGACCAUAUACAUCAUUCUCCCUUCUCUAUAUAUCAUCAUACAUAUAUAUAUAUGUAGCUUCUUUAAUUAUGUGUUUCCAACUACAGUCCGAUGGUAGCCUAGCAGCUACUGUUACGUUUCGAUGUUAUACAUUUCCUAUUUCUAAUAGAAA